GUUGCGCGCGCCACCGGGUCCCCACAGCCGUCGCCUAGGCCGUCUGCGGAUCUCCCGGAGGCGGCUCCUCAAACCAAGCUUCUGUGGCUUGGGUACGGGAGCCCUUUGGGAACAGUCAUCUUUCCUCUUCUCUGAUCUCUGUUUUGCACUUCUUCGUUCCUGGGCAAGUCUAGAGCGGCAAGUAGUAGCGUCUCCAUUGCCCCACUGCCCGAGAAGUAGGAGAAGGCCGAGCCCGGCGGGCAGUUCGGGCUGACAGGGCCCGGGCCAGGCGAGACGCCGCCGCUGCCCGGAUGUUGCGAUGGUUGAUCGGGGGAGGCCGAGAACCUCCGGGCCUGGCCGAGAAAUCUCCUUUACAGACAGUAGGUGAAGAACAAACCCAGAACCCCUACACUGAACUGAUUGUACUGAAAGCUCAUCAUGAUAUCGUACGAUUUCUGGUACAGUUAGAUCACUAUAGGUUUGCAUCUGCUGGUGACGAUGGAAUUGUAGUUGUGUGGAAUGCCCAGACGGGAGAAAAACUUCUGGAACUCAGUGGACAUACUCAAAAGAUAACUGCUAUCAUUACAUUUCCUUCCUUGAAAUCUGGUGAAGAAAAAAAUCAAGUGAUCUUGACAGCCUCUGCUGACAGAACAGUUAUUGCAUGGGAUUGUGAUACUGGGAGACAAAUUCAGAGAGUAUCAUGCUUCCAGUCUACUGUAAAGUGUUUAACUGUUCUUCAGAGACUAGAUGUUUGGCUCUCUGGUGGGAAUGACCUGUGUGUGUGGAACCAAGAAUUAGAUCUCCUGUGUAAGACUGGUCACCUUUCUGAUACAGGGAUCAGUGCUUUGAUCGAAAUACCUAAGAACUGUGUUGUAGCAGCAAUUGGCAAAGAACUGAUAAUUUUCAGGUUGGUAGCACCCACAGAAGGAUCACUAGAAUGGGAUAUUCUUGAAGUUAAACGCCUCCUUGAUCACCAAGAUAACAUUCUCUCGUUGGUCAAUGUCAACGAUUUGAGUUUUGUCACUGGCUCCCAUGUUGGAGAGCUGAUAGUCUGGGACAUCCUGGACUGGACCAUGCAGGCCUAUGAACGCAACUUCUGGGACCCAUCUCUACAGCUGGACACACAGCAAGAAAUAAAACUGUAUCAAAAACCAAAUGACAUUUCUAUUCAUCAUUUUACAUGUGAUGAAGAGAAUGUAUUUGCCGCAGUUGGGAGGGGUUUAUAUGUGUAUAACCUUCAAAUGAAGCGUGUGAUUGCCUGCCAGAAAACUGCACAUGACUCCAAUGUCCUGCACAUUGCCAAACUUCCAAACAGGCAGUUAAUCUCAUGCUCAGAAGAUGGCAGUGUACGCAUUUGGGAGUUACGAGAAAAACAGCAGCUGGCAGCUGAGCCUGUACCAACAGGUUUUUUUAACAUGUGGGGAUUUGGGAGGGCAAACAAACAAGCCAGCCAACCUGUUAAGAAACAACAAGAAAAUGCUAAUUCAUGUUCACUGGAGCUUAUUGGAGAUUUGAUUGGACACUCAUCAUCUGUGGAGAUGUUUCUGUACUUUGAAGAUCAUGGAUUAGUGACAUGCUCUGCUGAUCACCUCAUUAUCUUGUGGAAAAAUGGAGAGCAAGAAUCUGGAUUGCGCAGUUUAAAGUUAUUUCAGAAAUUAGAGGAGAAUGGUGACUUGUAUCUUGCUGUGUAGUUUUAAGGAAUUAGGAAUACAUGUGCAUGAACCUUGAACAUCAAAUAUAGGGUAAUACAAAAAUAAGAUCUCUCUGAAAACCAUCAGUCCCUUAAAUUUUUCAUGUAUUUUUUUUUGCAUAUCACUCCAUAAAGUUGUUUGUUUGAAUUCUUUUUUCUGGGUCUGUAAACCAGCAGUAAGUUGCUCCAUCAGGUAAUCUGUACAUCCCCCAAGCAAUGUACCCUAAGUUUUAUAUUUGACCUCUCCACAGCAAGCCAAAAAAAAAAAAAAACCCAUUGCCGUUGAUUCCAACUCAUAGUGACAGCAUCCUGAAAUCAUUGAUACAGUGCUCAGAACCUCUCAAUCUUUAUAUAGUAUAAUUUCGUUGCCUCUAGUUAAAUUCUUAUAACCAGAAAACAGAUUUUUAGGAAGUUAAAUGUAGUUUCAUUUAGCUUUUUAUUAUUUGGAAAUACUUGAAUUUGUUCUCGAAAAUGAGUAUGCUGUUUACACCUCUUCAUUAUUUUAAACAUUUAUUUAAGGGACUUCCUACUAGAGAAAUAGGUAUAUGUGAUAAUUACAGAAGAUAUUGUGGAGAAAAAUGAAGCAGCCAUUGAACAGAUAGGAUGUAGCAUCUCCUGAGUUUAAACUUUGAGAGCUCUCAAAAACUGACCCCUCUCUGUAGAAAAUGAGGGUGUGUGUUUUUUCUUAGUGUGAAUGUGUCUAAACAGCUAUUGGCUAGACUGGUAGCAGAAUAGCAGCUGGCCCUCUUAUAUGCCAGAGGUGAGAGCUAGAUCAGUAAAGGGGCACAGUGCUCCCAAACACAGGAGAUACGUGAUUCAUCUUACCAUUUUGACGAUUAGGCUUCAUUUAUGUAAUUCCUCACAGUGACCACUGAGAUUUAAUCAUCUUCAUUACCCCUACCAACCUAAUAACAGAGCAUUCUUCUCCCUUUUGGUAUUAAGGAAGAAGAAGUGUUCUAUACAUUAAAAAAUUGGGUAGGUUUUAUUGUAGAAUUAUUCUUAAACUGCUGAUGAAAGAAGCCUAUUACAGUAAUUGCAAGGUGACGGACGUCAGAGGAAUGAUCUUCCUCAAUACAUUCGGCAGGUUUAUUUGUUCCUUAUUAACACCUCCCACAUCAGAUCUUUAUAAAUAUUUGUUUUUACUAGUUUUAUCUUUGACAGGUACUUGCACAACUACCUGUAUUCAAAGACUGGAAGAGCUUAAGUCUAGGCUAGACUAAUGCCAUGUUGUAAACGCGGAAGCUGAGGCCCAGUAAGGUAAGGCCUUGCAAUUAGUUCUGUAUAGUAUUAUAGUAGUACGAAAAGAAUUGGUUGACUUCAGCCAUUUCAGAAAGUAGCAUAUGCCCACAAACUGAUGGUACUGAAGGAAGAAGACCAAGAUACACUGAAGGCAUUGGUGGAAAACAAGACUUUAGGAAUUAACAGAACACCAAUUGAGAUGUUUUAACACAUGGAUGCAAUGCUCGAAGCACUCACUUGUCUAUGCCAAGAAAUUUGGAAGAUAGCUACCUGGUCACCGACUGGAAGAGAUCCAUAUACAUGCCUAUUCCAAAGAGAGGUGAUCCAGUGGAAUGUGGAAAUUAUCGAAUAAUAUCAUUAAUAGUACAUACAAGUAAAAUUAUGCCAAAGAUAAUUCUAAAAUGGUAGCAGCAGUAUGUUGAGAGGGAACUGUCAGAAAUGCAAGCUGGAUACAGAAGAGGACAUGGAACCAGGGAUAUCACUGCUGAUGUCAGAUGGAUCUUGGCUGAAAGCAGAGGAUAUGAGAAAGAUGUUUACGUAUGUUUAAUUGACUGCAUAUGCUAAGGCAUUUGACUGUGGAUCAUAACAAAUUAUGGAUAACGCUGCGAAGAAUGGAAAUUCCAGAACACUUCAUUGUACUCAUGCAGAACCUGUACAUUGACCAAGAGGCAGUUUUUUGAACAGAAAACGGUGAUACUGCAUGGUUUAAAGUCAGGAAAGGUGUGUGUCAGGGUUGUGUCCUUUCACCAUAUUUAUUCAAUCUAUAUGUUAAGCAGAUAAUCCAAGAAGCUGGACUAUAUGAAGAAGAGGAAGACUCGUUAACAACCCGAGAUAUGCAGAUGACACAAUCUUCCUUGCUGAAAGUGAAGGGGACUUGAAGCACUUACUAGAUGAUCAAAGACUACAGCCUUUAGUAUGGAUUACACCUUAAUAUAAAGAAAAAAAAAAAAUCCCCACAACUGGACCAAUAAGCAACAUGAUGAUAAACCGAGAAAAGAUUGAAGUUGUCAAGGAUUUCAUUUUACUUGGAUCCACAAUCAACGCCCAUGGAAGCAGCAGUCAAGAAAUCAGACAGUGUUGCAUUGAGCAAAUCUGCGGCAAAAGAUCUCUUUAAAGCAAAGAUGUCACCUUGAGGACUAAAGUGCGCCUGACCCAAGCCAUGGUAUUUUUUUUUUUAAGCUUAUUUUUUUAUUGAACUCUAGAUGAAGGUUCAGAACAAACUGGCUUCUCAUUAAACAGUUAGUACACAUAUUGUUUUAGGACAUUAACAACCUCAUGACAUGUCAACCCUCUCCCUUCUCGACCCUGGAUUCCCUGUUACCAGCUUUCCUGUCUGUCCCCUCCUGCCCUCUAGACCUCGCCCCUGGGUUGGUGUUUCCCUUUAGUGUUGUUGUGUUUUAUGGGCCUGUCUAAUCUUUGCCUGAAGGGUGAACCUCAGGAGUGGCUUUAUUACUGAGCUGAAAGGGUGUCCGGGGGCCAUAUUCCUAGGGCUUCUCCAGUCUCUGUCAGGCCAGUAAGUCUGGUCCUUUUUUUGUGAGUUAGAAUUUUGUUCUACAUUUUUCUCCUACUCUGUCCAGGACCCUCUACUAUGGUCUCUGCCAGAGCAAUCAGAAAGCCAUCAUAUUUUCAAUUGCUUCAUAUGCAUGUAAAAAGCUGUAUUAGGUUAUGAGUGUUUUUUUUUCUCCUUGAAUUGUAGCCAUAUUCAGUGCAUUAUGUAAGAAUUCAUAGAUUUUUUUAAUGGUUUUAUUUUCUUAACCUAUUCUGAUUUAAUAUUUUGUGAUAGUAAUCUAUUUAGAUGGAGUGAUACAAACCACAUGUGAGUUUUUGUGACAAAAUGUACCGUAAGUACCACAGUAAAUCCCUAUGUCACUUUACUUCAGUUAGUUUUCCACCAUAAGUAACUAAUGUCUAGGGGGCAGCCUCCAACCCAUUUGCCGGAGUUAAUACUUUCAUGAGUGCCCUAAGUAAGGUAAGAGAGAUGGAGGGUAACAGCACAAUAGGAGAGUCUUGUAGGGACUGAGACCUGAUGGCUGCUCAGUUGCAUGUAGACUGCUGUGAAAAAUUAAACUUUCGGUUUAAAAGAGUAUAUAACCAAGGUCAACAUAUAUGCAGUUUUUCUACCUUCCUAGCUUAGCUUUCAGAACUACCAUAUUACCAGAAGUAAUACUAUGUAGUGUGCCUUGCCAAUUUUAUUUAAAAAUACACUUAUUACCUCGAUCUCUGUAUUCACAAAAAAGACUAAACUUAAGGGGCAUUGGGACAUCCCUUCCAUUUAUUUUCUCUCCAGCUGAGUAGGUUCUGAUUAAAUUGAUGGGGUUUGUUCUGGGCCCUGAGGCUAACCAUUCCAGAACCUGAGGGUAAGUGAAUUUCUAAUUCUUAGAUGUAAAGAAUAACUUAGUUAAAUUAUAGGGUCAUCUGGCCCAAGUAAUGUUUUAUAACUAACUUCCAUAACUAACUUCCUUUUUUUUCUAGUUGAGUAGUAGUAAUAACGUGGCUUCUCUCCGAAUUAGGUAGUGUCGCAUUUUCCUAAAUUACUGGCUGUCCUCAACACACAGUGUUCUAGUAAACAGUUGAGUAUAAGAGGCAAUUAAAAUAAUUACACCCAUCUGAAAGGCAGUAUUUCUAAUAAAUUGGCUAUAUGGAGGAAUGCACUAUUUAGUUAGCAACUCACUAGAAGUCUGUAGAUUACAUAAAGAGCAGAGCUGUGCUGAAGCUGUAUUACCUGGCUGUCUUAAAGUAUUUAACUUUCACACAUUAAUAUAAAAGUUUGAAGUUAAUGUCAAACCAAUUUGACAACACUGAGUAAGCUGUAAUGUUUCAUACAGAAAAUGUCAGUCACCAGAUAAAUGUUACUUACCAAAAGGAACUGAAAGCAAGAUGGUCAGAAAAAGAUUGUCCUUGCCUCAAGCAAGUUUUUGAAGCCUGGGCGUUAUUGAGCUCCUUAAAAUGGGAUUCUGGUUCCCUGAUUUUAAUGUGUUCUUAAAGUGUAUGGCUUAUGAAAUAAAAGACACUAAAGCAAAAUUUUGAAAUUAUGAAAAAUUUAGGCCAAAGAAGUAAAAUAAAAACAGCUGUUGGGAAUGAAAAAUGGCUGUAGGAAUUUAGUUACAAGUAUUUCACAAAAACAUUUUCAUCACAUUUACAUAUUGCAGCAUUACAAUACAAAGCUGGCAGCUGUAGUGACCAAGCAAGUUUUCUUAUCUAACAAAAAUAAGUUACAUACAUUUCUUUGCAUGGAGUUGUCAUAUAUGUUUCCAUUUUUUGGUACAAAACAUAGAAAAAAAAGUUGGCACAUUAUGUAGUGACAAAUCUUUUUUUCUUCUUCUUCCCAUGUACCAGUUUCAGGUGUUCUGCAUUCCAGUUUCCAUUUGGAAAAAAAUAAAUUCCUGAUUCAAUUAAUUUACCCUUUCUGUUACACCUUUUAAAAAUGCAGCAUGGAAUACAGAGAAUUGGAAAGAAAAACUAAUAUUUUGUUCGCUGGAUUUUUAGUACUUAUUGACUGGUAAACGGGAAAAGAAAUCUCAAGUCUGACUUUGUGUAGAUCACAGAAAGUUGUGCAAAGAGCUGUAGAAAAAUAUGCACUUGUGCUUUAGAAGCUUUUAGCAUACAAUUAAAUAGCUUAAAAUAGUAUUUACUGCCUCCCUUAUAUGCCUAUUUUCUGAUAUAUAUACACAUCUUGCAAUCUUUUUUCUUAACAUCAUUAAAGCAAAAUGGCAUGAUCUCAAAUAUAGGUUAAAAACAUCUGAACCUUGAAACUUCCCCUCUCCCCUCCCCAAAUAUAUAUGUGUAGAUGGUACAUGGCACAACAUAUUCCAUGGACUUAACCCAGAAAAUUUAGAUUGUUUUAAUAAAAAUUUUAAACAGCAAAUGUAUAUAAAUUUUUCCUUUUUUAAAAAAAGUUUGUCCAAGGGUAUUCAGAUUUCAGAUUUAAUGGCUUUUAUAUAAUACUUAGUAUAGUGCCUUGUGGCUGCCUCUGUAACUCAGAAAUAAGGGAAGCUCAUGGAUUCCCCUCAAAACAAGCUGUCGUUCCCUCCCCCAUCAUGGAUGGCUUCUGUUAAGAUGAAUCUCUUCUACAGGACCAAGGGAUUCAGAGGCUGCUGAUACCAGUCUAGAGAGCACUCACCAGGCCAAGGCUGUGUUCUAACUUGAGUGUCACCAUUGACCAGAAGAACCAUCUAGCCAUGGAGGCUGUGAUGCUAACUAGCUUACUAAUAAUUUGGUCCCAGCUGUUUUGCUCAUUUUAGGUAUUUUUUUUUUUUCCUUAGAUAUAUCUGUUCAGAUGGGCUUCUUACGAAUCCUUCAGACUGAUGCUCUUCAGGAAAAAAAACCUAAACAGUGAUGGUUACUUUUAUGUAAGAGAUGAGCUGAACACUAACUUACUUGGUCAUCAUCCAGGGGAUGGGCUCACAUGCACCAAGUCUCUGCUUUAUUGUGUCCUACUAAUUACGAUGAAUCAGUUCCAUGGUUUGACAAGGGCACAGGAUGAAAGCAGAGCAAAGGAGUUUGCCACGUAUUUUUAAGUGAUUGUUCAAAAAAACAUUUUUCUUCAUGGAACAUAGCUUUUGAAAAGAUGAGAUUUGGGGACCUGAAUGAUUCAAGGUCAAAUGUUAAACAUUAGCUCCUUAACCUACAUUUAUCACUUUCAUUAUAAAGGAAAGCCUCUUGCUGAUACUAUGAUCCACAGUGCCUUUAGUAGGUCAAGGGGUCCUGUUCUCUGGCUUGGCUUUAGUUGUCAGAUGGAAGCCUCAGACUUUUGCACUUUAGGUCAUCCAAUGUCUUCCAGUGUUUGUAGUUAUCAGCCAAAUGUUGCAUCAGGGCUGGCAGAUGUGCAAAGGCUGCAGGGACAUAAAGAAUCAAAAGAAACCUAUUGAAUUAUUAGAUCACAGGAGAAUUUAUAAGGAUGGGGCUAGCGGGGACAAAUUUGGGAUCAGGAUUGGAGAAGAGGUUAAGCCUUAGGCUGCAGGUGAACAUACAAGUAUGAGAAGGAUGUCCUUAAACACUAGUUUCUGAAAUACAAACAGAUACUUUUAAUUAAAGAGUGAAAAACCAAGUUUAUUAUGACUUGAGUAGACUCAAUACAUUUUGCUUUCUUUCCAGAGGUUCCCCUGCAAUGAUAAAAGCCGUAAGCUUUAGAAGUAUGUCCUUUGAACAGGCUAAGACUUGUUUAUCCAGUUAUCAGUUAUCAAACAUCUAAUGAGUCCUGUACACAAAACACUGUGCCAGGGAAUGCAGAAAGCGCACAUGCACCCUGCUCUGGCCACAAACAGGUGACAGCUAACUUUUUUAUAUAAUAUUUACCUAUAGGUCCAUCCUAUGACACUAAAGGUAAUCAUCAUAAAGUAUAAUAAAAUGUUCUUUGUGGGGGACAAAACAUGAACUAUCUUACCAUCCCAAGCAUCAAACAUGUCUGUUAUGAAGUAAUCAAUGAAGGAAAUCUGGGACUUAGGGAUGCUACAGGUGUUCCGGUCAAACACUGGCAUCACCACAGGUAGCCCCUGUCUCUUCUCUUCAUCAGUCUGUAAGAAAUAAAAACAGCACACAGGGCUCUAGGGCCCAUGAGAAGCUUUCCCAUUAACAUCUUGUUACUCAGAACAAUCCUGUAAAGAUGGGUCAUUAUCCACUUUAUUGAAUAAGGAAGACCGAAGAAGAAUUGAGCCUUUGAAUUAUGGUGCUGGUGAAGAAUAUUCUACAUACCAUGGACUGCGAGAAGAAUGAACAAAUUUGUCUUGGAAGAAGUACAGCCAGAAUGCUCCUUAGAAGCAAGGAUGGCGAGACUUCAUCUCACGUACUUUGGACAUGUUAUCAGGAGGGACCAGUCUCUGGAGGAGGACAUCAUUCAGCGAAAAAGAGUAAGACCCUCAACAAGAUGGACUGACACACUGGCCACAACGAUGGGCUCAAACAUAGCAACAAUUGUGAAAAUGGCACAGGACUGGGCAGUGUUUCACUUUGUUGUACACAGGGUUGCUAUGAGUCGGAACUGACGCUACAGCACCUAACAGCAAUAACAUAUAUGAAGAAAUGGGCUUAGCAAGGUCCUGAAAUUUACGUAAGUCAACCACCUGAUGAGCUUCAGAAAGACUAAAUUCAGGUUUUCUGACUUUCAAGUUUCUUACAUUGUAUGCUAUUUUACAGCCCUCCUGAAGCUUUGCUCUCAAAGUUCAUUACACCCCCCUUUUUUUGUAUUAUAUCUGGACCCUGGCAGUCACUUUAUCUGCAGUCAGGUCUCUGCCUAUAGUCAUUGUCUUCAGUCUAGUUUAGUUAAGCACCUAUUCUGUAUGGUUAGUUUUCCCUGAAGAUUUGUCUUGCUAAAUUGAAAGAGGCCAUUUUCCCUACUCAUUUUUCUACUUUUGCUUUCUGCAUUUUCAAGGGAGUGAGGACUAGGUAGAGACAAGCCUUACUAGGGUCUCUUAGGCUGUUUUAGCAGGAUUUGUGCUCAUUUAAGCAGCAGAUUAAGCAUGUACUCUGGGCAAAAACCAGAUUAUAGUAGGUCAAGGAAUCAGUGAGAAUUGAAGAACCAAAGGAGGAAUAGACGCGAUGCUUUGCUCAAUGAAAAGAGUUGGUUCCUUUCCUUUAAUGAGAGAAAUUUUAGCAAGUUUAUAGAUAAACUGGGAGAGAGAAAUGUACAAAGAAUCUUUGUAGUCCUGCUUCCACAUAAUUUGUCUUCCCCACUAGAAUUUAGGCUACAUGGGAACAAGGAGCUUGUCUUUACUGUGCUCAGAAAAUAAGUGAUUUUUGGAUCAGAGAAGAAUACUGCCUACCUCUCAUAAUACUAAACCCGUUGUAAUGUUAAAAUGAUUGACAGGAAAUUCUUUAAUCUGAAUCCUUCAUCUUGUAGGAUUCAUUUCUCUUGUUCUGUCCUCAAGAUGUGCAAUUGGUAACUAUCUUUUACUAGCUUCUGCUAUCUGUACCACCUCUACUCCUCUUAGAUCCGUCAACACCCAGGUUAAUCUCUAACCCUCAUUUCCACCUUCAACCGCUGAGAACUCAUAAUUCUUUAAGUACCUCAAUUCAAUGACCAUUAUAUACUUUAAGAGCCCAUUCCCAUGGCCACACCUUGGGACCUAGUCACAUUAGUGUUACUCCAUAUCUAAAAGCAUAAAUUCAGUGUCCCUUACUCUUGGCCCACUGUCCUGGUUUUCCAACUUGCUUAUUAUACUCCUGAUAUGAUAUUUGUUCUACGACCUCACUGAUAAUUUCAGUCCCUAGAGCCCUUCAUUUCUGUCUUACUUCAUCAGCCUUGCCCUAUCCUCUUUCUUAAUAUACACGAGGCCUUAUUAUCUGGCCAGAACCCUCAAUUCUCUUGCCCCCUUUUGAAGACAUUCUUAAACCUCCAAGGGCAUAUCCACCUUCUCUAUUCAUAGUGGACAGUGACCCAGGAGGCUGAGAGCUUCUGGAGGAAACCAUGCACAAUAUGCACUGGCUCCAUUAUAAAUCACUUUCCAGUAUCCAUUGGGCUCAGCGCUACUUUCCAGUUAUUGUACCUGAUUUUUGUUAACCUCCUUAUUCUCAGCCCCUCCAACCUUUACACCUCUCCAGACUCUGAUUCACCUCUACCCAACUUAAUAUCAGGAGAGGUUGAUUCUUUCAGACAAAGACGGAACCCAUCAAGGGUGAAUUCAUUUGACUUCUUAUUCUACCUCAGACAAUGAGUUUCUCUCCUGUUCAACACCAGUCUUUUCACCUGCUCCUUGAUCCUAAUUCUUCCUGUUUUCUUUAAGGCUUAACUCCGGUGAUGACUGUUUUUGCCUGUCAGCCCCUCCUUCCCCUCAGCCUAUAAAUCUACUCUUCAUCGUGAUGAAAAAUGAAAGAGAAAGGAGGUGAGAGAAACAACCUGGACCCUUCACUUUGGGUUCUAGCUGUCACCCUCUCUUCCUUUUUACCAAAACUUUGAAAAUGGGCUGUAUCUGCUGUGCCUUUCUUUCAUCCCAUUUUUCCCUCAUCCAUUGCUUAAUGACAGAUGACCCCGUAUUAUUCCUACUGAAACUUCUACUAAGGUUAUAAACAAUUCCCCAAAUUCCAAAUCCAACAAGCAUUGUUUAUGUUUUUGUAUUACUCCUACUUGCAGCUUCCAUUCAGCACGUUAUUCUCUUCUCCUUUUUCCAUAUUCUAAAUAUGUUGUUCCCCAAAGUUUGGUUUUUAAAUCUCUUAUAAUAAUUAUCCUCUAUUUCUUCCAGUGGAUCAUCUCUCCUACUCAUAUUUGUACUAAAAAAUGGUGACUCAUCACUAUCUCUAGCCUGAAACACCUUUCUUGUCAGAUCCAGUCUUAGGUACAGUACCUACAAGAGUGUCUCUAUGUGAAUGUGUCACUGACAUCUCAAUUUCCAUAUAUCCAAAUCUUUACUAACUAUAUCUCCCUCCACUUCCUAAAAACCCAGCUCUUUAAUGCUUUUCAUUACACCUCUCUUGAUGACACUGCCAGCUGCCCUGGUCACCUCAGGCAGCAAUUGGGAAUCAUCCCUGACUCUAACAUCUCCUUUAUCAAGACCUGUUUUAUGUUCUAAAUAAUCUGCAGAAUCUGUCCUCACUGCCUUUAUUAUUCGACACGUUCCUGUGAAUCUUUAGUCUCUAAUUUUCUACUUUCCAAUGCAUUCUUCAUGGGAUUGUUAGAUUAAGUUACCUAAAGCACAGGGGUGUCCGUGUUACUUUCCUGCUUAAACCUUUCAGUGGAAAGAACAAAGCUGUUUUUGUAUCUCCCAACCCUUAUGUGGCUGCCCAGUGCCUGUAAAUACAGUUCCAUGGUAGUACUACAAUGGUGGUACAGUGCCUGGAAUCCCUGGGUAGUGCAAACGGUUAACAUGCUUGGCUGCUAACUGUAAGGUUUGAGGUUGGAGUUCACCCAGAGACACCUCAGAGGAAAGGUCUGGUGAUGUACUUCUGAAAAAUCAGCCAUUGAAAACAGACCCAAGAGGUGUCCAUGAGUCACAGCUGGUAACUGGUACUACUGUGGGUAUAAUUAGCUCCAGGAGGCACUUAUUUAAGAUGCAGAUUCCUAGGCCCAAUCCUCAGGAAUGCUUCUUCAGCAGGCCUGGUAGGAGGCACAGUAAUCUGCAUUUUAACAAAUACUUGAGAAGCAAGUAGUCCAGGAAAAACACUGGGUCACAUAUGUGCCUUUGUGCUGACCCUGGGACUUUGAGUAAUCUGAUUCUCAUUGUGUAAUGGGUCUCCUUUGCCUUCUGGCUGACUCCUCGUACAAACCCUACAACCGCUCUACAUAGUUUCCACAAUAAGCAAAUUCAGUACUCUCUUAAAAUCCAAGUUCAUAAAACAGGUACUCAGUGAUUAAAAAGACUUUUCUAAAAGUCCUUGUUUUAAAUAGAAUCGAAUCUAGUGCUAAUUUAUAAAUUAGAGGAGCCAUUGAAUGAAAUUGUAUUUUAAAAACGAAAGUCAAUGAGGAAAAAAGAUUUUCAAAAAUCUAGCUCUUGCAUUUCAGGAACACAUCUAUUGCUGUGAGGGUGUCUGCACUUUAACUUUCAGUGAUGUUUAAUAAAUUGGAUUCAGCCCUGGCACAGUCUCCAUAUGUCUGAAGGUAACAUGGAAAAAAUAGGUGUUAAUACAAUACUAAACUCCAGUGUUACCAAGAAAUAUUAACCAGGGAGUUACUAUGUUGUAGUGCUUUGUAAGACAGAGGGGAUAUAAAUACAAAAGCAUGUAUAUACAAAUGUAUACCUGUGUGUAUAGAUGUGUGAUAGGUCAUUAGGUACGAUUUUUUUUUCCUUAGACUCAAUUUUGGAUGAGGUCCCAAAACUGAGAACAAGCCUCUCCAAAUUCCGUAGAAUGGUGGUAGAUCAUCUAAACAGCAAUGCAUGAUAUCACAAAAUCAUGCACGCAAAGGAGAAUGAAGAACACCAAAGACACAAGGUAAAUAUAAGCCCAAGAGACAGAAAGUGCCACAUAAACCAGAGACUCCAUCAGCCUGAGACAGGAAGAACUAGGUGGUACCCGGCUAUCACGGAUGACUGCCCUGACAGGGAACACGACAGAGAAUCCCUGAUGGAGCAGGAGAACAGUGGGAUGCAGACCUCAAAUUCUCAUAAAAAGACCAGGCUUAAUGGUCUGACUGAGACCGGAGGGACCCUGACAGUCAUGGUCCACAGACCCUUUGAUAGCCCAAGAUUGGAACCAUUCCUGAAACGAACUCUACAGACAGGGAUUGGCCUGGACUAUAAGACAGACAAUGGUGCUGGUGAGGAGUGAACUUCAUGGCUCAAGUACUCGUGAGACUAUGAGGGUAACUCCUGUCUGGUGGUGAGAUGAGAAGGCAGAGGCGGACGGGAGCUGGCUGAAUGGACACGGGGAAUACAGGGUAGAGAGGAGGAAUGUGCUCUCAUUAAGGGGAGAGCAGCUGGGAGUGCACAGCGGGGUGUGUAUGGCUUUUUGUAUGAGAGACUGACAAUUUGUAAACUUUCACCUAAAGCACGAUAAAAAAAAAAAAAAAUCA